UCGGAGAAGUCUAUCAAAUCAAGAGUACUACCAUCCCGUUUAGCUAAAGAGGAUAUUGAUUGUAUAAUGUAUGCCAAGGAAUUAAAAGGUGGAUCUAAAAAAGUUUCGGAGUGGUAUAGAAUUGGUACACAAAAGUGUAAUAAAAUAUGGAAGUCUGAGAACCCAUACUCAUAUGCAAAUUCAAUCGAAGACGCGAACUUACCUAACUGGUACAUCAAUAAUAGUAAAUUUGAGAAGGUGAAUACAUCGCCCGAACCAACACCUCAAAUAGAUAUACUCAAGAAACCCGAUAUUGCCAAGCCUGAUCCUAUAGAAGUAAAGAGGAUGCGAAAACAGGGUGAAAUGGAAUGA